AUAUACAUUUCUUUCACUUCAACAAUCCUAUCCUUUCCUCAAAUCUAAUGCUCUUCUACCUUAUCAAACUUCGAAACCACCCAACCGAAUCUACGUCCUCUAUUAAAAAAAAUAAACAAAGCAAGGAAACAAUACACUAUCCAAAAGAAGGUACAAUUGUACUGCACAAUUCUCCCUCUUCAGUAAUUUGCUAGCCCAUUGCAAUUUGUCAUCAAAAGAUGAGUGAGUUCCCGCCUGUGGGUCUGACAGAUUAACUGUCUGUCUGUGGGUCUGUCAUGUAAAUGAGCACUAAUAGUUCACUAGGUAGUUGUGUUUCAUUCACCCUUCUAGCGUUCUUAAAUGAGCGUUCAGUGGUAGUUGUGUAUUUGCCAAAAUGGUGGUUAUUGCGGAGCACAGAGUCCCAAAAGCAUUGAGUACUACUACUAAUGGUGCUUAUAAAGAUUAGGGUCUGGAACUGUAAUAUUUAAGUGCUGAACCCACUACUUUUUGGCUUUGUAGUUUCAAUUGGGAAUUUUGAGAUGGGUAGCAGUAAAUGGAGAAGAGCCAGGGAUUUGCUGGGAAAGCAUCUCUGCAUGGUGGUUCAUCCAGAAAAUGAAGAUCCUUCAUAUGAGAUUGUGCCCUCGCGUUCUAGUUCUCUGUGCUUAGUAGGGGAAUCGAACCCGGGACCUUCGAAGUCUUCGCCACGACAGUUGAGCAAGCUCGGCGCCCGAUCUUCUCGUAGCACUUGUGCUAUAUGUCUUGAGGCAAUAAAACCAGGUAAUGGACACGCCUUAUUCACAGCAGAAUGUUCUCACACGUUUCACUUUCCUUGCAUUGCUUCCAAUGUGAAGUAUGGCAAUCUGAUAUGCCCAGUUUGCCGUGCAAAGUGGAAUGAGGUUCCUUUGCUUGGCCCUCCAACAGUACAAGCACUGCCUCCUAGAAUACGAAGAUUAAAUUCUUCAAGCUGGUCACAAGAAAUGCAAAGUCCUCGUCUUCUUCGACAUGGACUUCUACUGCAUUCCUCUGUUCAAGAGCCAAGUGUAUUUGAUGAUGAUGAGCCCUUAGCACAGGCUCAAAGAAGUCCUCAUGAAAUCAGACAAAAGAACUCAUAUGGUCAUACAAAAAGUUCAGCGAAUGCAGGCGAAGAAGUUACAGGUACUCUAGAUUCAAUUGAUGGAGGUACACAUGAAGUGAUUGCAAGUAUGUACUCAUCCGUCAAGUCUAAUAUGUCUGUGGGAAUGAAAGAUGAGCCUGAAGCCUUGUUUGUUGAAAUACUUCCUGAGCUUGCUGCUGUUCCACGAUCAGAGGUCUGGGACAAAUUCACUGUUCUGCUUCAUCUGAAAGCUCCAUCUUCUAUUGCUAUUCAACAAAAUGAUAAUCAAAUUUGUGAAGAGGGAGUUCAAAGUGGCACAGCUCAUGAAAUAGAACUAGGCACUCAAAAUCAUACCCACUCGUCAGAGGGUAUAAUGAGAAGCCCAUUGCAAGCCUGCGAUGCAACCACUGACCGAUCACCCAUAGAUCUUGUGACUGUUCUUGAUGUGAGUGGCAGUAUGUCAGGUACUAAAUUGGUGCUCUUAAAGCGUGCGAUGGGUUUUGUAAUUCAGAAUCUUUGCCCUGCAGAUCGUCUAGCAAUAGUUGUAUUCUCCUCCACUGCAAAGCGAUUAUUUCCUCUUCGUCACAUGACUCAGGAAGGUCGGCAGCAAGCAUUGCAAGCAGUGGAUUUGCUUGUCUCAACUGGUGGAACCAAUAUUGCUGAAGGUUUGAGAAAGGGCUCUAAAGUGCUGGAAGAUCGACGUGAGCGGAAUACAGUAUCUAGUAUCAUGUUACUUUCUGAUGGACAGGAUACGCACAACAUUGGCAAUCAUUGGGAAGUUACUUACACAAACUCCAGGAGAGCAUCAGAUUACCAUUGUCUUUUGCCAGGUUCGAUAAGGCAUGCAUCACAGCAUGGCUUUACUUCAAUACCUGUCCAUACAUUUGGAUUUGGGUCAGAUCAUGAUGCUACAGCUAUGCACUCUAUAGCUGAGGCAUCUGGAGGCACUUUUUCUUUCAUAGAGACAGAAAGCUUCAUUCAAGAUGCUUUUGCACAGUGUAUUGGUGGGUUGCUUAGUGUGAUGAUCCAGGAUGUGCAGGUGGCGAUUACCUCAUCUAAUCCAGAUGUGCAGUUGGUUGCUAUUCAAGCGGGUGGUUAUGCAAGCAACAUCACAGAUGAAGGUCAACAGGGAUUCAUAAAGAUUGGAGACUUGUAUGCAGAGGAAGAAAGAGACUUUUUGAUUGAUGUUAAGCUUCCAGCUUUGUUGAGCUCAAUUGAUGGUAGCAGCUGCAAUGGCAUGAAGGUUAUUAAUGUAGUUUGCACCUACAGAGAUCCAGUCUCACAGAAAACAUUUCAAACCAUGGUAAAUGAGCUUGUUAUUGAGCGUCCAGAGUCAAUCAGCAUGGAGCAACAGUCUGUGUGUCUCGAAGUUGACAGGCAAAGGAAUCGAUUAAGUGCUGCUAACACCAUUGCUGAUGCCAGAGCAUGUGCAGAUAGAGGUGAUUUGUCAAGAGCGCAACUAAUCCUAGGCACUACGAGAACCGCUCUGCAAAUGUCACGAGCUUCUCAGGCAGGAGAUCAACUUUGCAAAUCGCUUGAAUCUGAAUUGGCAGAGAUUCAAGAGAGAAUGGCAAAUGCUCAGCUUUAUGAGAACUCAGGCCGUGCAUAUGUUCUCUCUGCACAUAUAUCUCACUCUCGACAGAGGGCUACUACGCGAGGGAAUUCCAAUGAUGGCUUAACCACGGUUGGUGACUAUAAAACUUCUAAAAUGUUAGACAUGCUGAUGCGUUCUCAAACGAUGUGCCCUCCAGCUCAAGUUGCUGCGUCAAGGACAUUGCUACCUUCAAAAACUUUUCCUUUGCCAGAAUCGAGAUCCUCUCGUUAAGAAUGUGACACUACAGCCUUGGAGGUUGUGACCAUCUGAAUGUGCUUAGAAUAUUCAUGCUAAUACAGAAUAAAGUUUUUGGAUUCUGCUACUGUUAUCAUAGAAUUUGGCUGAUGUAAUUAUGGAUUCAGAUCUCCUCGAUCUCAUUUCCUUUUUCCUACCCUUUGUAAAACCAGUCUGUAUACAAAAUUUGAAGCUCAAAAUGUUGUUUUUUAUUUAA